AUGCAGAACGCUCAGCACGCUCAGCGGACCGCCCAGGCCCUUCCGUACCUCCUGACAUACGACCAGUCUCCUGCCAUUCAGGCGCAUCUAACACAAAUUGGUAUAGGUCAGGUGGCUUACGAGGAGUUAGUUGACCACGCAUGGUUGAACAUCCUCGCUCAUUGCUUCGGGACCCACAAUUUUGCUUUUGAAAGGGAAGCGCUUGUCGACCCCGGCAAUUCGAACAGAAGGGCUAACGUAUCUGUAAGCCAUUUCAGGAACAACGUCCUAGAUAAGGUCAUCGUGGUUGAAGCCAAGCGGCCGACCAUGACGGAGCCGACCACUCUCAAAUGGAAUUCGGUCCGUCAAGAGCUUCAGGACAACAUGGUGACCAUUAGGAGCAAUGCAACAACCGUGCAGACCAUGGAUUGGGCUCCCGGUGCUGCGGUGUUGGAUUUGAGUGCCGAUGCUCAUCGGAUUCAGAGUAUCCUUCGUUUGAAAAAGAACACGAUUGAGGCUCGAGAUAACGAUUACUGA